AUGAAGCCGCAGCACCCCAGUUCCAACCCCGGCGGCCGCGGCGGCUACGGCCCAAACAGCGGCGCGCCGCACCCUCGUGGCAACCCGCACCACCUCGAGUACAGACCGAAGGGCACCCAGCAGCAACAUGACACGCCUUCACACGCACAGAUGACUCCGCCUGGAUCCGAUGGCAUGGACGUCAAUGCGCCAGUCUUUAAGCAGGGCGGAGGCUUCAAUCUGCAGCAUACUGCGAGACCCUUUAAUGGCCCAAUGGGAUACGGACCUGCUCCGCCUAUGGGUGGACAGCCAGGGCCUGGGAUGCCUCAGCAGAUGCGCGGUCCUCCGGGCAGUCACCACCACCAGCAGCAACGUAUGCGACCUCCACGAGGCGCCAUGCACCAGCAACAGCAAUAUAUGCCUAGAGGAGCGAUGAAUCCAGCAGCACAGGGAUAUUAUCCGCCUCAGAUGCAGAUGCCGCCUCCGUAUAUGAUGGGUCCAGGCCAAUACAUGGGAGGCCAUCCCAUGUACGGGAUGCCACCUAUGCAAGAUAUGGGGAUGGGGAUGGGUGGGAUGCCCAUGCCCAUGCCAGUUCCACAGCAUCAGCCACCGCCUAAGCGUGAGCGUAAGAGACUGGAGAUCGUCGACCCCAAGACAGGAAAACCAAUUGUUCUCGGUCGCAGCUCCUCUUCGGAGGAUGCCAAGGCAGUUUCCAGUACUAGCACCACAGCACAGAGUACCCCACAGAAGAAGGAGGAAGUCACCCCUCCAGCGUCGGAGGCUGAUACGAAACAGAAUGGAGCAGCGAAAUCGCCCCACAAGUCUCCUAGAAAGAAGAGUGCGAACGAGAAACCUGCAGAAACUGGUAAGGAUGCGGCUGCAUUGAACGGUGCUAAAGAAGAAAAGGCGGAGUCAGCAGUAGUGUCGAAGGAGACGAAGAAGGUUGGUGACAAGAGUGUGGAGAAGACUGUAGAGAAGAAGUCGGAGACUAGCAAGACUGGGACAACGACUACUACUACUACUACCACCACUACUACGACGACCAGUGCUGAAGCCUCGUCCCCGAAGAAGAAAGAGACCACUAGCAAGGAGAAAACCGAAGAGACUGCGUCUGUCAAACAGCAAAAGACCGCUUCUCCGAAGAAGAAGGGCUCUGAGCAAGAUGCUGCCCCAACUGCUCUUCAGCAGAAGGCACAGGCUGUGGAGAAGGAGGACAAGGAGAAGGCUGAUGCUACAGAGAAGCCGACAGCUAACGCAGUGGAGAAAACGACGGACGUGAGUGUCACUCUGCAGAAAAGAUCGGGUGACAAGGUGACAUACUCGCUGGAGCUUCUGAUGAGCUUCCGUGAGCAAUUCAAGGAGCUUCCAGCCGCUACAACUGCUCCGGAUUCGAAGUGGCCUUCGAUGGAGAUUACUAGCGAAGUUGCAGUCUCUCGUGGUGGAUCUAGGGGAGGUCGCAAUGGCGCUGGAUGGGAACGUGGCGAAAAACAAUCCGGUGGAUCAGGCCGCGGAUCACGCGGUGGCUCAGGUGGCGGCCAGUGGGCACGGUCUCAAGAUCUUCCUAAGAGAAGCGGUAGGGGAGAACGUGGUGGCCGUGGUGGCCGUGGCGGUCGUGGUGGUCCUCCGGAUCCGCCUCUUCUGGACGGUCCUGUUAAGCCUUUGACCCGCUCAGCCAACCGCUGGAUCCCUACGAAGAACGCGUCGACGUUGGAAGUGACGAAGAAGAACGUGAACGGUAUCAUGAACAAGAUGACCCGCGAGAAAUUCGACCGUCUGGCUGGCCAACUGACUAGCAUCAAUAUGGAAAGCCUGGAGAUGCUGCAAGCAGUCAUCAAGAUCAUCUUUGACAAGGCCGUUAGCGAGCCAAACUUCUGCGAUAUGUACGCAGAUCUGUGCGUGCAUCUGGAAUCCAACUGGAAAGUCUGGUCUUUCUUGAAGAUCGUUCAGAACGACGAUGACAAGAUGUUCUACUGGACUGCGAUGUCCGAUUCGGACUCGGAAGUUGUUGGGCCGUUUGACGAUGUGACGAGUGCCUUGGAAUCGGCCAGUGGAGACGAGUUUGAACCUGUCCCCGCUCCUGCCAACAUGAAGUUGAGUGAAGUCCGCGUGCGAGACCACAAGUUUAUUAAGGUGUGGGUAGAAGAAGACCCGAACGAGCCUCGGUACUACUGGUCAGGCCAAGACCUUGAUGAUUUGGGAGAUGACCAGGUGCUGAAUGGUCCAUUUGAAAGCCACGAGGUGGCCAGUCGAGUCGCUAUUAAGACGUGUUCUUUCAAGCGCAUCCUGCUGAAUGCAUGCCAAGAGGAAUUCGAGAAGGAUAACAUCUACGAAGAGCUGGAGAAUAGCUUCAAGAAGGACAAGGAAGAAGGCAAAAUCACGCCACAGAUGGAAGCUGACUACGAGGAGAAGCGAUUGAUCAUGAAGUUGCGCAUGCUGGGCAAUAUCCGCUUCAUUGGUGAACUAUACCGCAAGGGAAUGCUGCAAGAACGUAUCAUGCACGAGUGCAUCAUGAAGUUGAUGGAUGUUCGUCUCAAUAGCGACGGCGUGCUGGUUUGUGUGCACCCGAACAAUCCCCCCGAUGAGGAGAGCAUUGAGUCUCUGGCUAAGCUGCUGACCACCAUGGGUAAAGACUUGGACAAGCACGGAGCGCAGGGCUUCAUGCCGUCGUACUUCCACUAUUUGGAGAACAAGCUGGUGAAGGACAAACGUCUGUCAUCUCGUAUUACCUUCAUGAUCAAGGAUGUCAUCGAGUUGCGCCAGCAUAGAUGGGAACCGCGUCGAAAGGAAUUGAAGCAAAAGACGUUGAACGAGAUCCGAAAGGAGGCAGAGCGAGAGGCCCGUGCGCCGCCCAGUAGCGUACCCAGUGGAGGAGGCCGUGACCGUGGAGAUCGCGACCAUUUCCGAUCAGAUCGUCGCUCCAAUUCGUCCCGUGAUGGCUUUAACAGCGGUCGGUCGACUAUGGCACCAGUGUAUCAACAUUCGCAGUCAAUGAGCACUCGGAGCAGCAGCAGCAACAAGCAGAUGACGCUCCCACGUGGCAUCGGUGCGCGUGAUGACUCCGUGAAGACCGGGCCGUCGGGUAGACCUGCUGCCUUUGGUGUUGCUUCACGGCAAGGCGGACGUGGUCCUAGUGGAUCACCGGCGAGCUUUCCGAGCAGUCGUCGUGGUCCAGCUGCUGGUGCGAAGAAGCCGCAAUCGCCUGCUCCUCGUGCCAAGGUGAUCCCUCCGCUGGACGAUGAGGCUCAGGAGAAGAUUGGCAAAAAGGCCAAGUCCAUCGCUGAGGAGUAUGUAUCCAUUGUUGACCUGAAGGAAGCUGAAGCGUGUCUUGUUGAGGUCCAGAAGGAGUUCAAGAACCACGAGGACGUCAACCGGGUGUUUGCUUUCGAGGUAUUGAAGGAGGCUAUCGACGCCAAGGCAGAAGCUCGGGAGAAGAUGGUGGAGAUGCUCGAGAAGUUGAGUCUGGAGACCAAGACUCUUACAUUUGUGGGCAUCCGCUACGCCAUUGAGAAGACGAUUGAACUGUGUGGAGAUCUUUGGUGCGAUGUGCCCAAGCUGCACGAACACAUGUCGGAGUUUGUGGUGCGGUUCAUGAAGGAUUCUUCUCUCACGUGUGUCUCGGUGGAUUGGGUGUUGGGUGGUUGUCUGCAGUCGGUGGACAAGGACGCGAUGGAGGAACUGAUUGAUGGAGGUUUCCUCGCUGCGGUUCUUGGUGAAAUUCUGAAGCUGUUGAAGGCUGUGGACGUUGAGAAGGCCAAGAAGGAAAUCAGCGCAACGAAUGUGACGAUUCUCAGUGUGUUCCCGUCGUACAAGCAGUCCCCCAAGGACAUGCAGGAGUGGAUCAAGAAGUACGAGCUCGAAGAUGUGUUGCCGUUGGAACCUGCGUUCGGUCUUGUGGAGCGUGUGAGCAAGGCUUCUUCGUAUGACGAAGUGGUGUCGUACAUCACGAAGAACAUCCCGGAGACGAUGCGCAACGACCCGCUCUUUGCGACGUACACGUGUCUGUUUAUUCUGAACUUGUCGAAAGAGGGGGAGCUGCCGUCUGCUGAGCGAUGCAUGCUACUUAUGGGCUUCUGCGGCAACACGGACACUCAGGUUCGGCUUGUUUCAGCAAUUGUGCAGACGAGAACUGACAACGAUGAAGUGAAGAAGCUCCUCAAGCAUUUAGUGAAGGAAGGCGCAGUGCUGGCGCCGGCCUUCAGCAAGUGGCUUGAGCUCAAGAACGACAAUAGUCUGAGUAGGAUGCGUGUGCAGGAGGAGUUGGGCGAGUUUGUAGAGGAGCUGGCCCGCACCAAGUGA